UCCAGGACACGCCCUGUCGCUGGAAAGUGCCUCUUCACCGCUCGUUCUAGUCUAGUCCACCAAAUCGCAGGCUGUAUGUGUGUCCCUGCGCUCAAUCCCAAUAAAUGACAGGCUCAAACUUAAAGCAUCAGAAAUAUCACACUGUCAACCUUCUCCACAGCUGCACCGGGCCAUCUUCUCCCGUUCAUCUCGGCAAAGAAAGAAGAGACUCUACCUACCGGGCAUGUCUGCUAGAGGCUAAUAUCAGUCACUUCAUCCUCUGGUGAUGAGGCAGGACAGCUCACCCUGUCAGCACAACCAACACAUCCAGCCCAGAAUGAGGAAUGUGAUCAGCAGUCGGAAAAAUUGUACUACUAUAUAUUUUACAUGGCUCAUGCGCAGGACACACGCCACCACUCUGCAGAGAAGCCCCUAAUUCAGUGCUACAAGUGUGGGCAGCCAUGUAAGGGCGAGGUGCUCCGGGUGCAGAACAAGCACUUUCACCUCAAGUGCUUCACAUGUAAAGUAUGUGGCUGUGACCUUGCCCAGGGGGGCUUCUUCAUGAAAAAUGGAGACUAUCUGUGCACGCUGGACUACCAACGCAUGCACGGUACCCGCUGCAAUGGCUGUGGGGACUUUGUUGAGGGAGAAGUGGUUACUGCUCUGGGCAAGACCUACCACCCUGCCUGCUUCGUCUGCACCAUCUGCAAACGACCGUUUCCUGCCGGGGACAGGGUGACCUUUAAUGGGAAGGACUGUCUCUGUCAGUACUGUGUCGAGCCCAUGUCUCCAGGACCAAAGGACAUCCUGGGCUCCAGCAAUUGCGCAGGCUGUGGCCGAGACAUUAAGAACGGACAGGCUCUCCUUGCUUUGGACAAACAGUGGCAUCUGGGCUGCUUUAAGUGUAAAGCCUGCAACAAAGUGCUGACCGGGGAGUACAUCAGCAAGGAUGGCGCCCCCUACUGUGAGAAGGACUACCAGACCCAUUUUGGAGUUCAGUGUGAGGCGUGCCAUCAAUUCAUCACAGGGAAGGUGCUAGAGGCAGGAGAUAAGCACUAUCACCCCAGCUGUGCGCGAUGCAGCAGGUGCAAUCAGAUGUUCACAGAAGGAGAAGAGAUGUAUCUGCAAGGGUCAACAGUCUGGCAUCCUGGGUGCAAGAACACCACGAGAACAGAAGAAAGGCACAGGGAGCGGCCGACGAGGUCGUCGUCUGAGAGUAUUUGUUCCAGACCUGGUUCAAGCAUACCUGGCUCACCGGGUCACACUAUCUAUGCAAAAGUAGACAAUGAGAUCCUUGAUUACAGAGACCUAGCUGCCAUUCCAAAAGUCAAAGCCAUUUAUGACAUUGAGCGCCCCGAUCUUAUUACCUAUGAACCUAUGUACACCACCUCCCUGGAUGAGAGAGAGGAGAGACGAGAGAGUGUGGGAGAGCUCCACACUGCCAGGAGGGAACGUUCCCCCUUGCCGGAUGACAAGUCCUCAAGAAACAUGUCGCCAACCCCAUCUGGUGAGGGAUCUUACGACAGGAGGGAACGCAUCCUUCAGAGGUCCACCAGUCAGGGCUCCAUAGGAUCACCAGUUUAUAAUCGUCAUGGAUACACCCCCACUUUGUCACGGUCGCCGCAGCAUUUUCACCGGCCAGGCACCGACCCGCCGAGUGGCCGGAGCUCUCCCCUACCACUCAGGCCCGACAGCCGGCCGGUCACCCCGCCUCUCUCUCAGACCCCUAAACAUUUCCACCUCCCAGAUCAGGGGAGCAACAUCUAUCGAAAACCACCCAUCUACAAACAACACGGUUCAGAAGGGAGGAGAAGAUCUAGAGAAGAGGAGGAGGAAGAGGCUUUGAAAAGAAAGCAGCUCCAGGAGGAGCAUCUCAGUAAGAUUCAGUCCGGUUUGGGGAAGCUCAUUUUGAAGGAGGAGAUGGAAAAAGAGCAGAUAAGGGAGCGCCAUGCACGAAGCCUCUCGGCUCAGCGCUACGAUCCCAAACAGACCAGCUGUGAUGCAGAUCAGCCUUCUCCAACCAAAACUAACUCUCUGCCUGGCUAUGGAAGAAAUGGGCUACAUCGGCCUCAGUCCACAGAUUUCACCCAGUACAACAGCUACGGGGACAUGUGCGGAGGAGGCAGAGAGUUUCAGCACAUUAAGGAUGGCCGUGCAGCACUUGCAAGGAUGGACAGGGGAGUAUCUAUGCCUAAUAUGUUGGAACCGAAAGUGUAUCCCUAUGAAAUGCUCAUGAUAACCAGUAGAGGGAGAGCUAAACUGCCCAGGGAUGUGGACAGAACCAGACUGGAGCGCCACUUAGCACCUGAAACGUUCUUUGACAUCUUUGGAAUGGAGAUCCAGGAGUUUGACAGGCUUCCCCUGUGGAAACGCAACGACAUGAAAAAGAAGGCCAAGCUCUUCUAGCACUCAGAGCCGCAUGCAUUUUCUGUACAUUCAGAUAGCACACAGCAGCUGUAAUCUAGAUGUAGGUUUUGGUUUAUUUCCUUUUCUUCUAUAUAUUUUUUUUGUUCUUUCUUUUUUUUAAAUUUGUUUGUUUUAACCUGACAUAAUCACGGAAGCCAUGAACUGGACUCUUUGCUCUGAUGCUUCCUGAGACUAUGUACUGAAAGACUUGUCCUGUUAGACUUGCACUGUCAACAAUGAACGGGAAUCUCUUCCGCGUUCAAAAAUGACAAAGAAUGAGACUGGACGAUGAACAGGGUCAUGUUCUUUGGUUUGAAUGCGCUUGUUUUACUUCUUGCUUUGCUUCGAGUGGAACCGCUUUCCUUUUCUUUCUUGCUCGUUUCUUCCUACUAUUUCUCUCGCUGUUGAUUCCUGUGGAACUUUGUAAGUACAGUAGAACCUCAUGGCGCUCAUUACAAAAUGUCCAUGCUCGUAGCUUGAACAUGUGUUAGCUUUCCCUCGCUUGGGCUGAAAAGGUUUUAGUCCAAAGUUUGCAAGAAUUGGCUCAGUGAGUCUUUGAAUUAAAAAAAAAAGUCACUGGGAAAGCAGUCAGCUUACCCAACAGCUGUUUUACUGCAUCUACAUGGAAAUGCAUCAUCCAAGCACACACAUAUCACUAGUCUCCUUCCCAUGGCUACGCACUGAACAUCCGUUUGACCCUGACAAAAAAUGUCUCUCUUCUCAGGCUCUCAUAAACAUGGCCAGACACUCUCCCUUUACAUGGAUUGGAAGUACAAAUCAUAUUAUAUUUUAAUGCCAUAUCAAAAGCAAAGUAAGUGACAAAUAGCUAAAACCCCUAAUGUGUUUGAAAGUACUGUUUUAUAUAAAAAAAGAAAAGAAGAAAAAACCCCACACUGCCAUUUGUUGUAUUGAAUUCUAAGCCAAUAAAGCUUUAAAUCACCAUGAAACAUAAUGAUCCUCUGCUAAA